GCCGCCGCCGCCAUUUUGUGCGCGCCCUGUGCUCGCCCCCACCCCCGCCCGCCUUUCCGCGGGAGCGGCGGCACCGGGGAGGCCCCGACUGCGCUGCCGGGCCGCUGAGGCGGGAGCGGAGGCGCCGCGUCGCGCCCAGGGACCCACCGCCGGCGGCCGCCGCAGCCCUGAGGUCGCGCUGCUCGCGGCGGGGGGAAGAGGCGGCAAGACGGAGCAAGGGGGGAAAAAACCUCCGGAGCUGCUGCCCCCGAACAGGAGGAGGAGUCUCGGGGCCAGGCCCAGGCGCGGCGGCGGCGGCGGCAGCAGCAGCGGCGGCAGCAUGGAGAACUCGCAGCUGUGCAAGCUGUUCAUCGGCGGGCUGAACGUGCAGACCACGGAGGCCGGGCUGCGGGAGCACUUCGCGGCCUACGGCACCCUCACCGACUGCGUGGUCGUGCUCAACCCGCAGACCAAGCGCUCCCGCUGCUUCGGCUUCGUCACCUACUCGGCGGUGGAGGAGGCGGACGCCGCCAUGGCCGCGUCCCCCCACGCGGUGGACGGGAACGCGGUGGAGCUGAAGCGGGCCGUGUCCCGGGAGGACUCGGCCAAGCCCGGCGCGCACGCCAAGGUGAAGAAGCUCUUCGUGGGCGGCCUGAAGGGGGACGUGGGUGAAGGGGACCUGGUGCAGCACUUCAGCCAGUUCGGCCCCGUGGAGAAGGCCGAGAUCAUCGCCGACAAGCAGAGCGGGAAAAAGCGCGGCUUCGGCUUCGUCUACUUCCAGAACCACGACGCCGCCGACAAGGCGGCCGUGGUCAAGUUCCACCCGAUCCAGGGCCACCGCGUGGAGGUCAAGAAAGCCGUGCCCAAGGAGGACAUCCAGGCGGGCGGGGGCGGCGGCGGCUCCUCCAGGCCCUCGCGGGGAGGCAGAGGAGGAGGAGGAGGAAGGGGCCGGGGCGGCGGCGGCUCCGGCAACCGGGAUCACAACGGGCUCUCCAAAGGGGGCGGCGGCUACAACAGCUACGGCGGCUACGGCGGGGGCGGAGGCGGCGGGUACGGCUCCUACGGCGGCGGGUCCUACGGAGGCGGCGGCGGAGGGGGCGGCGGCGACUACGGCAACGGGUACGGCGGGUUCGGCAGCUACAGCCAGCACCAGUCCUCCUACGGCCCCAUGAAGAGCGGCGGAGGAGGUGGAGGAGGGGGCGGCAACUGGGGGGGCCGCAGUAACAGUGGACCGUACAGAGGAGGUUACGGUGGGGGAGGCUACGGGGGCGGCUCGUUCUGAGCUUGGAGUGCCCAUACCCAUUGAGGAGGGAGGCGUGAAGAGCCCUCCCUUCGAUACGGGGCAGCUUCUCAAUGGUUUCUCCCCUCACCCGCCGAACGGCAGCUCCUUUUAAAUGCCUCCCUGCUGUGGGAGCGGCUCCUAAAUGCCCCCUGAGGGUCGCCUCUGCUGCCUGUGCCACUUCGUUCUCUCUGAAGAUGGACUGGGCCCCACAUACACAUACUUUGUGUUACAGUCAUUGAUGGACUCUAUUUUUUUAUUAUUACUUGGACCUUGGUCGUUUUUAUACUAGCAACGAAAAAUGUCUUGUUUUAAUUUGUUUUUUGGGGGGGUGCGGGGUGGGAAAUGUCUUGCUGAUCUGGAGUAAAAACUGGGGAGGGAUGGGGGGGAAUUUCCUUUGUUGUAAGGACUCGAUACCUGGCUACUACGUUUUUUUCUACAAAAGCUACUCGGAUCCCAUGACUGACUUUAACAUUUCUGUAAAGGAGGGAAAAAAUGGUUUUUACGUUUUUUAUUUUUUAAAUAAAUCAUUGUGUUCAUUGACCUUUACACGUCUAAUUUUUUUUCCUAGGAUCAAUUCCGUACGGUUUUCAGGCUUUUCUAGGUUUGAAGCAAGUGUUCUUCUGCUUUAAAAAUCUCUAUGUACUUAGAGUAAAUAUUUUGUUGCCGGUAAAGGUCCUAACUGACUUUUUUGCUAGUGGCUUUGAAACACUUGACAGAGAAAAUUUUGAAGUACUAAUCCGUGGAUGUGGUCUGUUUUUUAAAUUCUCGUUCUCACUUAGUUCGUGUGCAUCCACCAUCUUGUACUAGGCAGUUUGACGUGCUGACAUGGUUGGUCAAUUUUUUUCUAUAGGAUUUUUCCAUCAACGUAUGUACUGUGUAGUUUUGAAGAAAUAGUUUGUGUUAAGCAUGUGCUUCAUUCAUAUAAAAUGUUCAGAAUUUCCGAUUGCUUAGUUUUCAAGUCCUCUUAUGGGUUUGUCUGUGUGUGAUUCCUUCCAGGAAAGGGUCGACAUUUGUCCCUUCUAUUUAACACGUACUUGUUUUCAUAGUACCGGGUUAACAGACUUUUUCACUCGGAACUAUUGUCCUUCCUUAAACUUCCCGGCGAAUUCUCGCAGCUCCAUCUGCUGUCGGGAUGGCAGCUCCGUGCUGUGGGCUUCCUUAAAACGGGAGCAAAACCGGUUUGCUAACAAUUGUACCAGACUUUUGAACGUUAUUUUAUGCCACCAGAUUGGUGUAGAGUGCAAUGACAUCUGCACUCUGAAUACAGAUGGGCUCUGUGAGUACUGACUGGGAAAAAAAAAAAAAGGAAUGGAUUUGCAAUACCUGCCUCAGCACGUAAUUUUUUUAAUAAUAAUUGCAGUUGCCCAUAUUUCAGAAAGUGGUAACCUAAACUCCAUGGGCAAAGUGCUCUGAGAACUGAGCCAGCAAGUGUACCAGCAAUAUAGGUGCCAGUUGUAAAGCAAAAAUAUCUGUGUAGUCUGCUUGAUUAACAAAUGUAUAUUUGUAGCCCUUUCACGCAAUAGAAUUAAAAGUUUGUUGUUUAUUAAAAAGCAUAAUGUUUUAGGGGAAAACUGCCUUCCUGCAUAGAAAUAUAGAAUAGCAACGUUUAUGGGUUUAUGGAUAUCAAAUAAAAGAUUUGAAUUCCUUAUAUGCUUGAGUGAGAGUAUAUAUGAUACGGGGCAUGGAUUUCAAAAGUACAAAGUUGUUUCGACUUCAGGUUUCUAAGCACGUAGUCGUUUAUGCUGAUGCUUCAUGGGACUGCAUCGUAAAACCUGCUUUUUGCUUUGCUCCAGAUAUGCAAGAUAUUAGGCAUAUAAUUCCCACUGAUCCCAGUGGGAAGUUAAGUGUCUAGGGCUUUGUGCUUCUGGGCUGAAGGAUUUCGCAUUAAAUUUCAAGGUACUGUUGCUAUUUGAUGUCAAUCUAACCUGGUGCUGAUUUUAAUUGAAAUGAGUCUGUGCUAUUAGAAGUGACACUGCAUCAACUUAAUCACUUGUGCUUAAAUAAACAGGACAACCUUUUGGUAUCAUCAGGAUUUAAACCAAGAGCUGAGUUUCCUCUUGAUUGUGGUAAUUUAUGUCUCUUAGAGCGAGACUGGUUCCUUUGGCUUAGCUUAGCUUUUAUAAAUAGUUUCCAAAUAAAUUGCUGUUUGCAACUAUAUUGUAAUUUUUGUCUCAAAAGCUUGUUAGCCUCUGUUGUGAACCAGCAUCAUUGAUAUCUUGUAAAUCAAAGUAGUUUCAGAGAACUAUUUGUAAAACACUGCAAGUGCCAGCUCUCGUCAGCACACAGCUUCAGGUGGUUUUAUUUCAGCUUGAAGUUCUUACUGUACCUUUGCACUUUACAGCCAUGUUGGACAGUCAUCCUUGAACUUCACUUGAAGCACAGCUCUCCUGUUUGUAGCUGAAAUGAGCUACUGAGUUCUAGGUUAUGUCUCGGUUUUGGGUGUAUGAUUUAGUCCCUCGCAGUGGUGAGUUGCCUUAACCUUAUCAAGGAACAGCCUGGUUUGGAGAGAAAUGGUAAAAUUCACUGUUGUGAUGUGGCUUGUCAUUUGGCUCGGGAAGGUAAAGGUUUGUGCACCAACUACAGCUUUAUGGUCUUUUCAUAUGUUACCUGCCGUGGCAGAAUAUGUUGAUGAUAGAAACAAGUAGCUUUUUAAAAAAAAGUGGCUUUGUGUGUGAAAUCUGACAGUUUGGGAACCCUUGUACUGAAAUGUGCUGUUUGGUUAUCUCUGUGCAAUAGUCCUUGUAGGACUCAUGUCUGCUAAAGAGUUGAUCCCAGAAAUUGCACCUGUAUUGGGGAGUGUGCUGCCUUGUCUCUCCCUGAAAAGACUGUCACCUGUUUAACAGUGUUUUGGGGUGUCUUGAGUAAGUAGCAUUUGCUCUGCCCUGAUCUCUGGUCUCUCUGGAGCAAGGAAUUCUUCUGACACUGCAGGUGAUGUUGGAGAGGCUCGUGUCAGCACUUGGGGCAGCAGUGCUGGGAUGUACCAUGGAGUACAGAAAGAUGCAAAUCUGUACUGGGUAGCAUUAAAGACACAGAGACUUACCUUUGAAUACAGAGCUGUUUCUAGUACAGUUCCUAGUAAUCAGAUUUGUUGAUAAAGCCUUGCUUAUUUAUUUAAAGGUAUUUAAUAAUAUUUUCUGCCCCCUGGGUGGAUUUGUCUUCACAGAGGUGUGUGGGAAGAACUGAGAUGACAUGAGGUGUUAUAGCUGGCAUGUAAAAGUUUGUGAUUUCACAGUUGCUUUAGGGUGGUCACAGAGAUAGAAAUAAAGUAACUUUAGUUUGCUGUCCCUUAGUUUGUAGUUCAGUUCUGAAGUUCCUAUAUCUGAAAAUAUCUCAGUAAUUUAAUGGCCUUCUGUUCAGAACCGAUUACUGGAUUGUGCUGGUGUCACCUGUGAGAAAUAGAAUAGUGAGAGCAACUGGUUUACUUUUAGCAUUUAAUAAAGUAAAAGUGUAGUAGUUUUCUUAAAA